AUGUCGGGUCCGCUGUUGGAAGACGUGUUUAAGCUUAAUCGUCACUUAGUCAAUGGAGUCGAUGUCAGUAUCAAACUCUUCAGAUCCAGUCCACAAUUUACACUUAUGUCUGGAGCUAGUGACAAAGAGUACAAAAUAGAACUGCAAGAUGUGUAUCUGAAAGUUUGCAAGCUGAGAAUGAAUAACGCACUGGCUCUGGCCCAUGCUAAACAGUUUGAGACGGCCAAUGCACUGUAUCCUUACAUGAAAACGAGUAUCAGACAAGCUAGUAUUAGUGCAUCACAGAUUGGAUACACCUUCGACAACUUAUUUCUAGAUCACUGUCCCACUCGCGUCGUUGUCGGUUUCGUCAGUGGGGAGGGCGUGAGCGGUUCUUACACUCAAAAUCCGUUCAACUUCCAGGGUUCAAUCAUUAAAACAGUGGGACCGUACCUAGAUGGGGUUAGUGUACCUGGUGGACCGGUUGAGGCAGACGACAUACAAGCCUAUGUCAACUUGUUUGAAGGAGCCAACACCUGGAGAGAGGACAGAGGCAACGAUAUAGAAAGAACAGAGUUUAAAUUCGGCAACGCCCUGUUCGUCUUCAAUUUAGAACCACUCUAUUGA